AUGCAGCCGGAUUCUGAAAAUUUUAUUUUACAAAAUUCUAAUAUUUUAAUUCCUUCAAAGUUUUCAAAAGGACAUGUUGACACUACUGAAGAGGACGAGAAAGUGCAAUUUCUGAUGCAAAAUCAUCAUGAGCUCUGUGACCUUAGUAAAUGUAUGGGGAAACGUAUUAAUGGUCUUUUCAUCUGUCAGUUCUCAAACAUUCCUGGCUCCCAAUAUAGUCAAUAUCUCCGCCAUAGACGUCGCCAAAAUGCCUACAAGACAAAACCUUGUCGCAAUUAUUAUGGUAAUGUUUUCUGCAAGGCGGGUAAUGAAUGUUCCUUUUAUCAUGAUGUUGGUGAAAUGCGCACACUGCCACAAAUGGAGUUGUCUGACGAGCUGAAGUGGCAACCAAUUGACGUUAAGGACUUCUUCCCUCAGUUACUAAAUGUGACCAAUUCCCAAUACAAUCAACAUUUACGAAAUCUCCGACGUCAAAAUGCCUACAAAACAAAACCUUGCCGCAAUUAUUAUGGCAGAGGUUUCUGCAAGUCUGGCGUUGAUUGCACCUUUUAUCAUGCUAUUGGUGAAAUGCGUGUACCGCCUCAGCAUGAAAUAUCUGGAAAAGUGAAGGGAUAUUCAAUUGACGUUAAAGACUUAUUUCCACAGAUUUUUGGAGAAUUUCACCGUGACAAAGAAAAUCAAGCGCAAUUUGGUUCCUCAGCUGCAAUGCAAUUAGAAAUGGAGAGAAUUGUUGACCGUCUCAUCUCAUCACCAUUUCGUUCCUUUGAACUGUCCUCUUAA